AUGAAGCUGAUCGUGGAUUGGGGUAAUAAUGCGCAGGAGACCUACACAGAAGAUCAAUUGAUAUCCCGCAUCACUGUGUCCCCAACUUCGUUUGCCGCCCAAACCAAACGGGUCUUUCGACUGUCCUCGAAAGCUCUAGCAAAAACGUAUUUAUCCUCAGAGGUAGAAGAUGUUGUAGCCGCAUCGAAUAUGGCCUGGCGUCUAGGGAUUCGGGUUCCUUUUCUGAAGAAGAUCGUCCGAAGCGAGUCUAAUGCCUAUUGUGUGAUGGACAAUAUCCCAGGCAAGACACUUGAAGACAUCUGGCCUGACCUGGGAUGGCUCGCGUCCAUCGGUCUUGGUAUGGAGCUGCGUGAAUAUGUCCAGCGUCUCCGAUCAAUGACUUCAUUUACUGCUGGCGCACUAGAUAGUGGUGAGUGUCGGUCAUACUGGCUUGAGGACCGAUUUGGUCUGCCUGCGAGAGCCGGUACCAACGAGAUAACACACUUUCUCAAAUUUUGGAGCAAUUUUACUUUGACCAAGGAGACAAAAGAGACCGACGACAUGAUAGAUCUUCCAUCUCCGCGGAUACCAAGUGUAUUAAUGGCGGAGAAGUUUGUUCUCACGCACCAUAAUCUUACGCCUCAGAACUUGCUUCUCAGCGAUUCGGGGGAUUUGUGGCUUCUUAACUGGGACUUGACAGGGUUUUAUCCGAUCUACUUUGAGUAUGCAGCUAUGCAGAAUUUCCAGAUCCCUGAGGAAUGGGGGUUCUUUGCGCGAAUGCGGUGGUAUCUAUUUUCUUGGAUCGCAGCGGGGUACUAUGGCCGUGAGACUCGGCUGCUGGAAGCAAUCAGGGCAAAAUCGACUCAGUUUGAGGUGGGGAGGAAACCCUUCCUCCUGAAGAGUGGAGGGCCGACCAGAUAUCCUCUCGUCUGA